CGAAGACGGAAGCCUGGGGAAAAAGUGAAGAGGAGCGGAGUUGACGAGAUGGGGGGCUCCAAAGUGAAGGUGGCGGUGCGGAUCCGACCCAUGAAUAAGAGAGAAAUAGAUCUGCAUACAAAAUGUGUGGUAGAAGUGGAGACCAACAAGGUUAUUCUUCAUCCUGUGAACACUAACCUUUCAAAAGGAGAUGCUAGGAGCCAACCAAAGGUGUUUGCCUAUGAUCACUGCUUCUGGUCUAUGGAUGAAACUAAUAAAGAAAAAUAUGCAGGUCAAGAUGUUGUUUUCAAGUGCCUUGGUGAGAACAUUCUCCAGAAUGCCUUUGAAGGUUACAAUGCGUGCAUUUUUGCCUAUGGACAGACCGGAUCUGGAAAAUCCUACACAAUGAUGGGCACGGCUGAUGAACCUGGCUUAAUACCUCGGCUCUGUAGCAGUCUCUUUGAAAGAGCCCAGCAAGAGGAGAGCGAAGAGCAGAGUUUUAAGGUGGAAGUAUCCUACAUGGAGAUUUAUAAUGAGAAAGUCAGAGAUCUCCUGGACCCAAAGGGGAGCCGUCAAUCUUUAAAAGUCAGAGAGCACAGUGUUUACGGACCUUAUGUAGAUGGUCUUUCAAAACUAGCUGUUGCCAGUUACAAGGAUAUAGAGUCUUUGAUGUCUGAAGGCAAUAAAUCUCGUACAGUUGCUGCAACAAACAUGAAUGAAGAGAGCAGUCGAUCCCAUGCUGUUUUCAAAAUUAUCCUCACACACAUAUUGUAUGAUGUAAAGUCAGGGACCUCUGGUGAGAAAGUAGGCAAGUUGAGCCUGGUUGACCUAGCAGGCAGUGAAAGAGCAACCAAGACGGGAGCUGCAGGCGAUAGGUUGAAGGAAGGAAGCAACAUCAACAAAUCUCUCACAACUCUUGGGUUGGUCAUUUCAGCCCUGGCAGAUCAAGCUGCUGGAAAAAAUAAGAACAAGUUCGUUCCAUAUCGUGACUCCGUGCUCACCUGGCUACUCAAAGACAGCCUUGGUGGCAACAGUAAGACUGCAAUGGUUGCUACCAUCAGUCCAGCAGCAGAUAAUUACGAUGAGAUACUUUCUACCUUGAGGUAUGCAGACCGAGCCAAGAACAUUGUGAACCAUGCUGUGGUCAAUGAAGAUCCCAAUGCCCGAAUCAUCCGAGAACUGAGGGAGGAAGUAGAAAAACUCAGGGAACAGCUUACCAAAGCAGAGGCUAUGAAAUCUCCAGAAUUAAAAGAACGUUUGGAAGAGUCUGAAAAACUUAUCCAGGAGAUGACAGUAACCUGGGAAGAGAAGCUCAGGAAGACAGAGGAAAUUGCACAGGAAAGGCAGAAGCAACUUGAAAGCCUUGGCAUAUCUCUUCAGUCAUCUGGGAUCAAAGUGGGUGAUAACAAGUGCUUUCUGGUGAAUUUGAAUGCUGACCCUGCACUCAAUGAACUUUUGGUCUACUAUUUAAAGGAACACACACUCAUUGGAUCUGAUAAUUCCCAAGACAUACAGCUCUGUGGAUUGGGGAUUCUUUCUGAACACUGUAUAAUAGAUAUCACUGGGGAUGGACAAGUCAUGUUGACGCCUCAGAAGAAUGCUAGGACAUUUGUGAAUGGUACAGCUGUUGUAGGUCCCACACAGCUACACCACGGUGACAGGAUUUUGUGGGGAAACAAUCACUUUUUCCGGCUGAAUUUGCCCAAAAAGAAAAAGAAAACAGAAACAGAGGACGAAGACAAAGAUAGUUCAAUGAAAGGAAGCAACAGCUCUGAACAGCUGGAUUUAGAUGGAGACAGCUCCAGCGAGGUAUCCAGUGAGAUCAGCUUCAACUAUGAAUAUGCCCAGAUGGAAGUGACCAUGAAAGCUCUUGGAGGAAAUGAUCCAAUGCAGUCCAUUUUACAAAGUCUAGAGCAACAGCAUGAAGAGGAGAAGCGGUCAGCACUAGAGCGUCAGCGACUUAUGUAUGAGCAUGAACUAGAACAGCUCCGGAGACGCCUGUCUCCAGAGAAGCAGCAUUUUCGCACCAUGGACAGGUUUUCCUUCCAUUCUCCCAAUGCACAGCAACGUUUACGUCAGUGGGCGGAAGAGAGAGAAGAGAUGCUCAACCACAGCCUGAGGAAACUGAGGGAGCAGAUUAUGAAGGCCAACUUGUAUGUUAGAGAAGCCAGCUUCAUUGCAGAAGAGAUGGACAAAAGGACUGAAUACAAGGUCACCCUCCAAAUCCCAGCCUCAAGCCUUAAUGCAAACAAAAAGCGGGGUGCAGUACUUAGUGAGCCAGCCAUUCAGGUGAGACGAAAAGGGAAAGGCAAACAAAUCUGGUCCCUGGAGAAACUGGAGAACCGGUUGGUAGAUAUGCGAGACCUCUAUCAAGAAUGGAAAGACUGCGAGGAAGACAACUUGGUUAUGAGGUCUUAUUUUCGGCGAGCAGAUCCGUUUUAUGAUGAGCAAAAGAACCACAGCCUCAUUGGAGUCGCUAAUGUUUUCCUUGAGUGUCUCUUUUAUGAUGUGAAGCUGCAGUAUGCUGUGCCCAUCAUCAAUCAGAAAGGAGAGGUAGCAGGUCGCCUGCAUGUUGAAGUGGUACGUGUGAGUGGAGACAUCGGGGAGAGAAUUGCAGGAGGCGAUGACAGCUUGGAGGGCUGCUUUGAGAAUGAUCUGCAGGAACACAAGUUAGUGUGCAUGAUUAAAAUCCUUCAAGCGACCGGUUUGCCUCAGCAUCUCUCCAAUUUUGUGUUCUGCAAGUAUUCUUUCUGGGACCAGCUGGAACCUGUGAUGGUUGCCCCUGAAAUGGAUCCUUCUUUGUCUCCCAUCAGCAAGGAGCCACGGUGUAUGGUUGUCUUCGAUCACUGCAAUGAAUUCUCUGUCAAUAUCACUGAAGAUUUUAUGGAAUAUCUUUCUGAUGGUGCUCUAGCUAUUGAAGUGUACGGACACAAGCAGUGUGAUUCUCGCAAAAACCCAGCACUAUGGGAUUUAGGAAUAAUUCAAGCCAAAACACGAAGCCUCCGAGACAGGUGGAGUGAGGUCACCCGCAAAGUGGAGCUCUGGGUUCAGAUUCUGGAACUCAAUGAAAAUGGAGAAUACUGUCCAGUAGAAGUAACUGCAGCAAAGGAUGUACAUACAGGUGGCAUUUUUCAGCUCAAGCAGGGACAGUCACACCGAAUCCAAGUAGAAGUGAAAUCUGUGCAAGAAUCAGGAACGUUGCCUCUCAUGGAAGAAUCUAUCUUAUCCGUAGCAGUGGGCUGUGUGCAGAUCAGACAUAUCAAGUCACCCAAAAGUCAUGAGAAUUAUCAGGAAGAAGAUGAUGACAUGGACAGUUAUCAGGAUAGAGAUCUAGAAAGGCUGCGCAGGAAAUGGUUAAAUGCUCUUACAAAACGCCAAGAGUAUCUAGAUCAACAACUGCAGAAACUUGCGGGAAAGCCUGACAAAUCAGAAGAUGAUGAUGAUCGAGAAGCUCAGCUGCUAGAGAUGAGGUUGACCCUUACAGAAGAGAGGAAUGCUGUAAUGGUGCCAUCUGCUGGCAGCGGAAUCCCUGGAGCACCUGCUGAGUGGACACCUGUGCCUGGUAUGGAGACACACAUUCCAGUCAUUUUCCUUGAUUUAAAUGCAGAUGACUUCAGCUCUCAGGAUAAUCUUGAUGAGCCAGAAGCUGGUGGCUGGGAUGCUACCCUUAUUGCUGAAGAUGAAGAUGAAUUCUUUGAGUUACAGAUUGUAAAACACCACGAGAGUGAGGUGAAAGCUGAAGCUUCCUGGGAUUCCACUGUUCACAACUGUGCACAGCUUAGCAGAGGAACAAUGGCUGAACAGAGAGUCUUCCUGAUUGUUUCAAAUAUCCCAGAGUUACUAGGAGUGUCCUGUGACUUAUGUUUCUGUUACUUUUUAUGUGCCAAUGGGCUCACUAACUUCAGAGGUUUUCUCUUUCAGGAUGCUCAGGGAGUAGAGGAACGUGAGGCAUUAGCAAAAAUGGCGGCCAAUGUUGAAGAUGCAGCUUCUGCUGCUUCAGAAGUCCAUAUAGAAAAAUACCUUCGAAGUGUGUUGGCUGUAGAAAACAUCCUUACCCUUGAUCGGUUGCGCCAGGAGGUUGCUGUAAAGGAACAGCUAACAGGCAAGGGAAAACUUUAUCGGAAGAGUCUCAGUUCACCAAAUGUCAAUCGACUAUCGGGUAGCCGCCAAGAUCUAAAUCCAUCAUACAGCCUUGCUUCUUACAAAAGUCGAUGGGAAAGCCAGCAAGAUAUUUCUCAGAUUUCAACAGAGUCCAGAUCCAGUGCAAAUCUCCAUGGUUCAGCUCAACAAAAUGGUUCUACAGACCAAGGACUCAGUAGCCUGGCUGCCUCUUACUUGAAUCCUGUAAAGUCCCUCGUGCCUCAGAUGCCAAAGCUGCUCAAAUCUCUGUUUCCUGUUAGAGAUGAAAAAAAGGGCAGGCAGACUUCUCUCCUUGCACAGCAGCCAAUCCCACGAAUUACUGUUCAGCCUGCCAGGAUUGAUGCCAGUCCUGCAAAAACCCAACAGGCUACCCAAGGACAAGGAAGCAGAGGACCUUCUGAGGUGGCUUUGCAGUUGACAGAGUUGGGGAAGAACCUUGAAAAAUCAACCAAAGUGCCUUUACAGCAGCCCACAGUGGACAUCCAAGCACAAGAUUCUCAAGAGGGUCCACCAAGUCCCUUGAGUGAAGCCUCCAGUGGAUACUUCUCUCACAGUGUUUCUACAGCAACCCUUUCUGAAGCACUUACAUCAGGAAACGACCCCCAUCUUCAACCCAGUAGUCAGACCUCCACCACAAAUGAUGCCCCCCCAAUUUCCACGACCCCUAAGGUGGUGUCUUCAACAGAUGGUCCUGUAAAAUCAUGUUCUGAUUUAGCUUCUCAAUGUUGCCAUUCUCUUCCAACGAGGGAUCCAGUUCUCCCUGGCCUUAAAGAUGAUCAAAUUGACAAGGACAAUGAGAAAGUGAGCCGUAAUGGCAACUUAAAAUCAAGAACUGUUGGUUCUGCUAUUGCUCUAAAUGAUGAUCAGGUUUCUCCCUCCCUAGUUACGGAGGAUACACACUGCUGUUCUAGCUCUCCUAAUAAGAAACAAAUACAAUUGACACAGACAACCGUCUUAUUACCAUCAGAGAGCUCUCUUUCAGUCCCAAAGGAGGCUCCCAUUUAUAAAAUAGGCCCUUCAAAGUCUCAGGCUAUGGUUGACCUGUCUUCUCAGUCCAGCACUACAAGUUCUCCCUUCAAAAUCCAAAGAGUACGAACAUCAGAACUCAAGUCCUUUUCCAGCAUGUUGAGUGGGGAUCCAGGAGCUUCUUGGUGUUCAGAGGAAGGAAAAAGCAGACAGAAUUCAGAAGAUUCAGACCAGAACAACAGCAUAGAUGCUGGUUCUGAAGGGAAAUUGGACGCAGCAGCCUCUGACUCAGAAGAAACCAAUGAAAUCCCAGAUUGGCUGAAAGAAGGGGAAUAUGUAACUGUUGGCACGAAUAAAAUGGGCACCGUGAGAUACGUUGGUCCAACAGACUUCCAGGAGGGAACCUGGGUUGGAGUCGAGUUGGAUUUGCCAUCAGGUAAGAACGAUGGCUCAAUUGGAGGCCGGCAGUACUUCAAAUGCAAUCCAGGCUAUGGGCUCCUUGUGAAGCCAAGUCGAGUCAAAAAAGCUACAGGCUCUGCAAGGCGCCGGAGUGCUGGAAUGAAACUACAGGGAACAACUGGGACCGCAACUGAGCACCGGCGGAGUGGCACGUUCUCAGGCUCUGCCUCCAAUUUGGCUUCUUUGACUGCUUUAGCCAAGACAGAAGGAGGAUCAGUUCCACAGACUGAGAAAAGUAAAAAGAACACAGAAAACAGGAAAUCAUGGGCUACUUGAGAGUGUUUCCCAACAGGCAUGUCUACCUGGCUCGCAACACUACUGUGUGAAGCUGACCCUUCCUUCCUUCCUUCCUUCCUUCCUUCCUUCCUUCCUUCCUUCCUUCCUUCCUUCCUUCCUUCCUUCCUUCCUGAAUGGCCUUUCUUUGCACUACUAAGCCAGUUAGAGGAGAUGGUUGAUGUGUGUCAGAGUAUAUGCGUAUUCUCGAUUUCUUUUACUGAAAUUUGUUGACCUUUGUCAUGAUGGAGUAACAUGAGACUCUUGAUGCAAAUGGUGACCUUUCCCAGUGUGUUCUUCCAAAUCUCUCCUUUCAUUCCCCGGCCAUUCAAAGGAAGUCUUCUAUAAGAGAUGUUGGCAGGCUUAUUUUCUAGAAAGACUGCCGAAUGCUGCUUACUAUCAAAACAUUGUCCUUCCAAGGCUCAUCAUUAAGCCACAAUAAACCAUUGAGAAUCAUAGAAUUUGGCAGAUCAUAGCCUAUUGGAAAAAGUGCCUGUCUUUAAGACUUCUUUUAUGAUCUUUAAACUAUUCUUGUUGAUAUCAGUGGGAAAAUAUUGUCUCUCAUUCUACUCGAAUGGCAAUUGGAGAUUAGCCUACAUGCAUGUUCCUUUUCUUUUCUUUUUUUUUAAUUCCCAAUUUUUAAUUCCCAAUGUGUUAGAUUACAGUCUAACACAGGGGUCUCCAACCUUGGCAACUUUAAGACCCAGUCUUAGGGUCUUAAAGUCUUAAAGUUGUCAAGGAUAGAGACCCCUAGUCUAAUAUAUCUGACCUUUUCCAUAAGGCUUUGCUUUUCUCCCCUCUUCUAGUGGUUUAUUAUGUUGACUGCACAGUCAGCCAGAUGUUUCAAUUGGAUUUGACUUUUUUAAAAUUAACCUAUCAUGUCCUUCCCAAGGCCUUGGGUAGGCAGAUGUUAUUAUUUCAUGUUGUUAAAAGUAUUAUUACUAUUAUUAUUUUGAGCAUUCCCUUCAGUGCUGUUGUAUUUAUAAAGUAAACCUGGGCAUUUGGCAUUCUUUGCCUUUGCUUUAAGUAACAUAAUGCAAAGAAGGAAUUCAAAGUCCUAGGGGUAGGUUGGGCCUUCCUUAUGAUCUGGAUUUUCACCAGUGAUAAACCUGGCUAAACUAUGCUUGUCCAUGUUGCUAGAACUAUAUUAUUUAUUUGUUAUUUAUUAUUUUCUUUUUAAAGAGAAGCGUAGGGAAUCCCUUGCGACUUACAAUCAGCCCACUGCCUACUGUGUUGCACAGAAACACACACGGUUCAGGGUAAUCCGCUUCUUUCCAUAUACUCACGCUGUCUUCCUCCUAUGGAAGAAGAGGGGGUGAAUUCAAAAUGAAUAUACGUUAUAUAUCCCUGCAGAAUUUUGAGGUCACAACUUGAAUGCUGCGCGUCAUUUCCAUGGGUGCAAUUGGAUCAUAUCUGCAGAACUUUCAGCCAGCAAUGGCUUCUUCAUGGCUUGAAAAUCUCUUUUUGGAAAAGUCCCAAACAGGGAGAUAAAAUCAGCUUUGUUGUCCAGAUAGAAUGAGAUUUAACUAUUUUUAAAAUGAGGGCAAAUAACUCAGGGGUGAAUCAGAUGCUUUGCCUGCAGCAGGUUCCAGGUUGAACCUACAGAGAGUGUUGAGAAAGGUCCUUGCUCAACAAACACAAUUGCCAGGAAGUUGUGUUAUGUGAGCCAGGGGUUUGGCCUUGGAUAAUCUGGCUUCUGAUGCUCCCGUGAAAGACUGCAGGAAUGUCCAAAGUAAAAUGGUUGGGAAUUGAGCAGAGGGAUUUUAUUGAGAACAUUAGGCAAUGGCAGACACACCUAAAUGAUGCCAAUGAGAGGAAAAAUCUUUCAGCUCCUCGGUUGUAGCUAGCCACCAAAAGAUAUCAGAGACUGAGAAGGAGAACUGCUGGAAUGUCUAAGGCAGGGGUGUCAAACUCAAGGCCCGGGGGCCAGAUCUGGCUGCGGGGUGCUUAGAUAUGGCCUGCAGGGUUGCCCUGGAAACAGUGAAGGACUGGCCCGAGCUCCAUUUUUGCUGCCAGAGGGUUGCAGGAGGCCAUCACAGCUGGAAACAGAGCUCGGGAGCCAGUUUUUGCUGGCAGAGCGCUUGGGCAACCACAGCCCCCCACCCGACACAAGUGAUAUCAAGUUGGCCACGCCCACUCUGCCCCCCCCCCUCGGCCAAGGUCAAAAACAACCCUAAUGUGGCCCUCAAUGAAAUCGAAUUUGACACCCCUGGUCUAAGGGCUUGCUUAGCAGCCUAUAAAUUCUCAUGACCUAUAUUUUUAUAUCCUUCUUCCAUGUGCUGCUAAUAGACUCUCUUUGUACUGGUGAGCUUAAGGAAAUUGAUCUAUUACAUCUUAAAUGACUUCCUUCUGUACUAAUCUGAUUUUCUAACUGAAGAAAACUGUUUUACAAUUAAAGCUGCAGCUAAGGAGAAUGAGGAAACUGGCAGCAGCGCUUCGCAGUUUCCAGAGAGCCUUCAUUUUCUUGCUUGCUUUGUGUAUAUGGAAUUGGAAUAUUUUAUGGUUGUAGAACAUUUACAUGAUUUCAAGCAGUUUUUCUUUCUAACGAAACAAAAAUCAUUUUUUUUUUAAAAAAAAUCUUCCUGCCGAUCUAGGCAAGAUGAAAUUACAUUGAAGCCUUGUUAAAAUCAAUGGACUAAUAACAUUCUUAGAUUUCUGCCCUCCUUCAGGAUUGCUUUAUUGGGUGACAAACUCUAGAACAGGGGUGUCCAAACUUGGUCCCUUUAAGACUUGUGGACUUCAACUCCCAGAGUUCCUCAGCCAGCUUUGCUGGCUGAGGGACUCUGGGAGUUGAAGUCCACAAGUCUUAAAGGGACCAAGUUUGGACACCCCUGCUCUAGAAGAAUGGUCAACCACUGUCCUGCUUACAACUACAACUUGGACGACUACUCUCUGUUUAACUGCCUACUGUUGUAUUUUCAUUUUUUAAAUAAUUUAUUUUAUUAGAAGUUUUACAAAGGACAUAAAAAUUAACAUCAACUAAUAAAAAUAAAAAGCAGAAAAGGUAGACAAGAAAAAGAAAGAAAAAAGACAAAAAUGCAGAAAGAAAGAAGAAAAAGAAGUUUUUUUUUUUUUUUGGAUGUGCAGGCCUUUUCUAAGUCUUUUACAUGCACUUUAUCCUAAAGCAGGGCUGUCAAACUCCCAGCCUCUGGGCCGGAUGUGUCACGUGCUGGCCACACCCAUGCCCAGUUUAGUGAAGGGGGAAAAAGUCCUGAUAUGUUACGUAUGACAUGAGUUUGACACCUAAAGAAAAACAGAGCUAGCCCCACAAGAAAUGUUGACGGGCUGUGGACAAUUUAGAGUUUCUUUAGGGCGGUGAUUUUCAAAUGUUUUGAAUCCACAUUACAGAUCUUAUAGUUUUUUUAAAAAAAUUAAAAAUCCCAGGAUCCUUAUAAAGAGAGCGUUCCAGUGAUAGAAAACUGGCUGUAUGUGAGUGAACCUUUUUAUUUUUGCUCUUAGACUUGCACAUAACCCUAUCAAGUUUUCACAAGCCUUCUAUGGGAUGCAGUUUUAGAAACCGUGAUUUAGAUACUUGUAGGUUUGGGUUCACUAUAAUCUCUCUACCUCCUCUCUCUCUCUCUCUCUCUCUCUUUCUCUCUCUCUCUCUAGUGUUAAGUCCACUUCUCCCAACAAUGCAAUCUGUAUUUUAUUCGGCAACCAAGGUACAUUAUCUAGAAUGCAGAAUAGCUUUAUUGGAAAAAAUAGUGAAGAGGAAACAAGAAAGGGCUGAUUUAAAAGCAUACUGAGGGAGUAAAGAGAUUCCCACUGGUUUUCUGGACUGGAAAAGUGAACUUUACAAGACAGAGCCUUCUUUUCCAACAGUAAAUUUCUUCUCUCUCCCUCCCCCUUACCCCAAUUAAGCUCUAUUUCUGUUCUUAAAGCAAAUAGACAGGGAUGGCUCUGGUGGAAUAAGCUGAAGAGGUUUCCCCAGCUUGAGUAAUCAGGAAGCUGUGUUAACAAAGGCAAUUGCCUUGUUCAAAUGGAUUUUGAAAUAUUGUUGAGGUUCUGCUUAGAAAAGGAUAUUCCUUUUGUUUCCGUCCAUUAACUUCUCAAGCAAAAGCUUUCUGAAGUGUGCUACUCAAACCAUCAUCCCAGACUUCUCUGCAACUAAGAAGUCUGUCUUAAACAUUAAAAUGUAUCUAAAAUGUUACCUAAUUGAUUUACUGCUGCAUUCCUUUUGCACAUGAUUUGCAUCCAACAAUUUUAAGCAAAACAAUGUUGGGAUGGUUGUGAUAGGCAUCUAUGACACUGCCUUGCAAGGAAUGACAUGUAAUUCCAAUAGCUACAGCUGCUUCAUUUUAGCCAGGCCACACCAUGGUGCCUUAGUUCAAAAGCUGGUUGACCAAUACCCCUCCCACAUAUCUCAUUGGCAAUUGAUUUAUACUGCAAAGCUCGGUUUUUUCAGUGUGUAUAGUUCAGUAUCCCAUUCUGAAUGUUUUGGUUGCCAUCAUCUUCCUUUGUCAAAGUUUGUACCUUUGUGGAAGAGAUUUGAAGACUAGAAAGUGGUGAAAAAUGUGCAUGAUGAGCAUGUGCACCAAAGAGCCUUCAUAGAGAGGCUGUGUUAUUUCAGUCUUGUCUGUAAUAUGUCAGAAUUGGAGAUUGACCUUGUCAUGUGAUGAGCCACAUAUAGCCAUGUAGUUGGAGCAGUUCCUUCUAGUGAAACUAGGGUAAUGAAUGGCUCUGUUUGUAAAUUGCCCUGACAAUGUACAAAACUCUUAGGUUGAGAGAGUAUGGAAUUGUCACUUAAAAGUUCUUAGGAUCUUGUUUCAAACUCCCAUUUAUCCCCAAGCUUCACUGGGUGCCAAUGGAAACUUCUAUGAGAUCUUUAUCUAACAGGCUGCUUGUCAUUUACUUCAAGUAAUUGAAGUAAUUUAAAUGGAAUUUAAAUUAAUCAAUGCAAAAAUUAUAUAAUUCUCUUCUACAUAAAUCUUCCUUUUAUAUCACUCUUCAUAAUCUUGACUGGUGCUGACUAAUAUGUUGCAUCCAUUGCAACAUUCUAGGCAAUGUUUAAUAAUGACAAUUUUCCAUUCCGUGGAAUAUAGGAGCCUGCAUGAUUCAAAGGCAUCAUCCUGUCUGUAGGUUCUGCUUGAAAAUUGAGAGGUUCUUCAUGGCAGAUGCAACAUCUCUCUACAGUUCUUACACAGUUCCUUUUCAGUGUCACAAUGCCUUUCUUUUGAGCAGAAAAGUGGGAUAAACUAAUAAUAUUUUGUAUCAGCAUUUUAAAGUCAUUUUUAUAGAGAUGAGGCCAAAAGUCACAUGAAAAGCUAUUCAGCAUGACAGUAUUCGCAGGGCCUCUCAUGACUCUCAUCACUGUGCAUCUAACAUAACUUCAUGUUCACAGUUAAGGUAUCCUGAAAGACCUACUGUACGAACAGAAGAUGAGCUUGUAUUUGGAGAGCAAGCUCACCUUCCAAGCCACUCUACCCACUAGGCUACCCAAAGCAUUUCAUUGCCUGGACACUAACUUCCUGUUUUUGAGAAGCUGUUUCUUGUCUGUUGAUUUGUCAUUUUGUAAAUGUUGGGAGCCUGUAUAUAAAGAACAAACGUUGGUUUUCAGAAGUAUUGUUGGUGGUACCUUUUUAAAAGAUGCUAAAAUCCAAAGAUUCUUGUAAUGAAGUGUAAAGUUUGUAAUGCUCUCUCUUGUAUUAUAUACUAAACUUGUAAUAUUGUACCAUAUCUGUGACAAAUGUUACCUAAAUAAAAUACUUCCCUUCUGUCAAGCCUCA